GUGAAGUUGAGGAGAGAUGAGACUGCAACAUAAGUGCCGUCUUCGUUCAGGGCAUCAGUACCAGCCGAAGAAACUCUCUUCUACAAAACACAAACGGCCGUUGAAGGUUAGUCAAGAAGAUAAAUCCUAAGAACAGCAAUGUCAAGUCCUACGAAUAUGACAUGUCCGAAUGUGACAUUUCAAAAUCCAGAACAAGCCGUUUUUAUUGGUGUGUAUUCAGUGGUCUUCAUAUUUGGCCUAACCCUCAACCUGACUGCACUUGUGGUUUUUUUCCGUAACUCUAAAUCUCGUUCGCACAUCAUCGUGUACAUGAUUCACCUGGCCUUUGCUGAUAUUCUUCUGGUUUGUACACUUCCUGUCCGGAUCUAUUUCCACAGUCGGUUGGGGGAUCCGCACCCGAUUAUCUGUGAAAUUUCUGGUCUCAUAAUGCUAAGUAACAUGUACAGCAGCAUCUUCCUCCUCACAUGCAUUAGCUUUGACCGUUGCAUAGCAGUCUGCUUCCCACUGUCUUCUCGUGUCCGUGAGGGCCGCAAGAAAGCAUGGUGCGUGUGUCUGGGAAUCUGGAUCCUAACUAUUGCAACAAGCUUACCGAUCUACAUCAAAAAGAAGCAAGCCAAUAUGAACAAAUCCAAUACAGAGAACUUCAUAUGUUUUGGUGGUUUUCCUUUCUAUGCGACUGAAACAGCUCCUCUUGUUUCCACUCUAAUUAUUGGGUUUGGGAUCCCACUCAUCGUUAUGAUCCUCAGCUCAUGGGGGCUCAUCCGGGCUAUAAGUAAAAGCACGGCUGUCCAGACCAGCGACCUAGUAGACAGCGCAAAGAUUAAAAGGAUGAUCAUAACAAACUUGGCCAUCUUUCUGUUUUGUUUUCUGCCGUAUCAUAUUAUGCUCUUGAUACUUUCCUAUAAACCUUCGUGCUCAGUGUUAACGGCCUACCGGUAUAGCCUCAUGGUAGCUUGCCUGAAUGCAAUGCUGGACCCUGUGGCAUACUACUUCACAACAGAGACGUUUCGAAGAGAAAUGGAGUUUGAAGCUGUAUGCAAAAUAAGGCAAAUGAACAGUCACAGCUCGGACGGAAACAACCGCUCACGUGCCCCACUUACAACAUAAGAACAUCAGCUGGGUCUACUCGACUCUGAAGAUCAUAAUAAGUGAUUAUGUAGGCUAGGUCUCUUGUGCUUACACUGAUGCACUUUACAUGAUUGUUCACAUAUAGAUUUCUGCUUUUAUAAGAACGAAACAAGAUGAGAGAUAACCGUGUAUGACUCAAAUUUAGGAAACCACAAGAAGUCUGACUUUUCACCUUUCUAGACUGCAUGCAAGCACAGUGUGUGCAAAAGUAAGUGUGCUGUGUAGCCUCGGUCUUUAUCAUAUAUGCAUCUCUGAUAAAGUAAAUAAAUGAUUCAUUUAGCCAUUGAUGUGCAACCCCUUUUUUUUCACAACAAACUCUUACUGGGAAACCGUUAUAUAACAGUGUGACAAAUUAGGAUAAUUACUUUUUGAUAAAUAUACACAAGACAGUGAACAUAUAACAUUAUAUCCUCAUCUACAUUGCAGUAAUGAUUCAUAGCCUUUCAGUUUUGCAGCAGUGUUUUUGUUCUCGUAUUUCAAAUGUUCAUAUUUGUAAGUAUUUGUGCAUUAUAAUUUUGCAUGUGUGCAUUUUUGAUAUGCGUAUGAUUGUUUUGUAACCUUUCCAUAGCCUAUAGUGACAUAUGUGUUUUACGUUUCCAUUAAGUUCUUAGAAAUUUCCUGUUAAAAUGUGAAAUGUUUGAUAAUAGUUGUUUGAAAACCACCAAAACCCUUUUUCCUGCCUGUCUCCACACCCUUCCCCUUCUCUACCACAUCCGUUCGACCUGGUGCAUCUAGCUUGUGCUGAGUACAACAGAAAUUGUGUGUAAAUAUGCUAAUAAAAUUGAUAAAU